AGUCGUUGCUAGGCAACCCGGUGAUUAGGGGACAAUGGAAUAACGGAAUGCUAACGCUGUAGCGGUGUUUUCAGAAAGACACUCAGAGUGUCACAAACUCGCAAACUUUUAACUCACCUAUUGCAAAACUCAGCGAUUUUUUUGUGUUAUAUAGACUGCUUACCAAUGACUGAAGAAUAUAAACUGGAACCUCACCACAUUUUCGGUUUGCGCCAGGAAGUGAGAAACAACUUGCUCUUCUUGGACGACCAAACCAUCAUCUUCCCGAGUGGAAAUCACUGUGUGCGCUACCACAUCCUUCAGCGAUGGAACAAAUUCAUUCCAGUUGCAAAAGGAAGCAAAGGCAUCAAGGCGCUGGCUAUAAGCCCCAACCGGCGCUACGUGGCUGUGUCAGAGCGCAGAGAACGGGGCACAAUCACCAUCUAUGAUCUUCAGAACCGGCAGUGCCGCAAGAGACGGGUUCUGACAGGUGGUGUGAUCAGCGUGCAGGAGUUCGUCUGCAUGGCUUUUUCUUCCGACUCCAAGUACCUGCUGGGCCAGUCCGGAGGACCCGAAUGGACCCUCUUCUACUGGGAAUGGGAGAAGAAUGAGGUCAUUGCGACGGAAAAGACCACGAGGAUCGACCUUGUCAGUCAGGUCAGCUUUAACCCCAAGGACAACACACAGAUCUGUGUGACCGGAAAAGGAGUCUUCAAGAUCUUCAAACUGGAGAAUGAAACCCUGAAUCGGACCAACUUGUUUAAAAUGGACGUAGAGAACAUCCUGUGCCACGUAUGGAUGUCCGAGGACUGCAUCGUCGCAGGGACAGAAACGGGAAAACUGCUACUGCUGACGCUGAAGUCCGGAGACAUGCACAAGCUGGGGAUGCCGUGUGAGAGGCAAACGGAGGAAAGGGACUCGGACGUGAUCACUUCAUCUCUGACCGAACUGCCGCGUGUCACUGCCAUCACGCGGUACUCUACAGGCUUUGCCUGUUCCGCCGGACCGGGUCUAAUUUGCCUCUAUGAGAAAACGAAGGAGAAGGACAGCUACAGGAAGACCGCAGAAAUAAGAAUUCCUCAGGACUCGUUCCGUCAGCCGAGUCAGGCCGAGCGGCAGGAGAUAACCUCCGUGUGCAUGAGUCCAUCAGAGGAGACGCUGGCCAUCAGCACAGACCAGGGCCAAAUCUACCACAUCAACCUCGCCUUAUCUGAGAUUAGCAAGAGUAAGCAGACCAACUUCGAGUUCCUGUUUCACUCUCUUCACUCGGGGAGCAUCACCGGUCUGUCAGUCUGCUUAUCCAAACCCCUCAUCGCCACCUGCUCGAAGGACAGCUCCAUGCGCAUCUGGAACUACAAGACCAAUUCUCUGGAGCUGUAUAAGGAGUUCCCCGAAGAGCCGUACUGCGUGUCAUUGCACCCGAAUGGCCUUUCCAUCCUGGUCGGCUUCUUCAGUAAACUCUGCCUCAUGAACCUGCUAGUGGACACAUUCCGCACUGUCCAGGAGUUCGCCAUAGGCACCUGCAACGAGUGUGUGUUCAACCAUGAUGGCAACAUGUUCGCCGCCGUCAGCAGCAACGUGAUUCACAUCUACAACAUCAGAACACACAAAAAAGUGGACCUUAGGGGCCACCUUAAGAAGGUGCUGUCGGUGAAGUGGAGCGAAGAUGACCGUCGCCUGGUGUCGUGUGGGAUGGACGGCGCCGUAUACGUGUGGAACGUUCUGACCAGCGCCCGCGAGUCUGACAACGUACAGAGAUCCUGUAACUACACAGAUGUGACGUUCUCACCCAACACUGGGACCAUCCUUGCUGUAGGCAGUGAUUUCAAACUGAAGGAGUUCCGAGAUGAACAGAUCCUAAGGGAACUGGUCUCAGAUGGCGUUGCCUACACAGCCAUCUCCAUGACUCGUUCCGGCCAAGCGGUCUUCGUUGGAACCUCUGCUGGAACUGUCAGGGUCAUGGAGUACCCAUUACAAAAGGGGAAACUCUGGACGGAGUAUCAGGCCCAUUCUGGUCCCAUCACCAAAAUGGUCAUCACUCCCGGUGAUCAUUAUCUGCUGACUGCCUCAGAGGACGGUUCCCUCCUCAUCUGGACAAUCACUGACCAUCUGGGAUGCAAGUUGUGUAUGGGAAAAGAAAUAGAGUACACUGAGGAGGUCCUGUGUGCCAAGACCUAUCUGGAGAAAAAGGACCAGAUUUUACAAGAGGCUAACAACCAGGUGAAGUGGCUGAAGAUGGAGCAGGAGAACAAGCUGAAUCAGAAGGAAAUGAACUACAAUAAGAAGAUUGAUGACCUCAUGCAGAAUUACCUGCAGCAGAUUGAGGCUCUGAAAGGCCAAAACCAGGUGCUGAUUACUGAGGACGAGGGCCUGAAGGUUUUUCACCACAAGAUGCUGGCCGAGAUAAUAAAAAAACAUGCCAAAGAGCUGGAGGAUGAAAAACGGGGCCACGUAGAAACGCUUACAGUGGAAUAUGAAAAGCACUAUGAGCUGGAGCAGAGAAUGAAGGCCAUGCAGAAGGACUGUGAAGAGAAACUUCACCAGCAAGAGGAAAGCCAUCUCCAUGCCAUGGAGGAGAUGAAACAGUCCUAUGAGGCCAAGCUGCAGGAGCAACAGGCCAAAGUCCAGCAGGACAAGAAGAAGUCUGAGGAGACUCAGAGGAAGAGAAUGAAGGAGAAUGUUGAGUGUGAGCUCGAUGAUCUCUGCCUCAAAUACGAAGAGGACCUCCAGGAGGUGGAGGAGAUCAACAGCAACCUUAAAUAUGAAAUGGAUCUCGUAGAGAAGCAGCUGUUGCAGUUCAGUAAAUUGAAAAGAGAGUUACGGGAUCGGGACCUGAGCAUCCGUAAGCUAAAGGAGGACCUGAAGAACAUGCAGGACCAACAUAAAGAUGCAGGAAACAAAAUCAAGGAACUGACAAAGGAAAAGGAGGAGCAAAAGAAGAUCACCUGUAUACAGAAAAACCAAAUCUCAUCACUACUUAAAAAGCUUGAGAGGUUCAACAAGGGAUACGAAUAUGACUGUGUCACGCUGCAAAGCCAGCUGAAACAGCUGAGGCAAGAACGAGAUAAAUUGAAGAAAAUCGUUCAACUAAAGGAAAUCAAGCAACUGCAGAAAAAGAUUGAAGAGAACAAAACAAUCAUCAAAGAGCUCGAGACUGAGGUGAUGAGGAACAACAGAAAGAACAAGGAGAUCGUUGAGGACCUGAAGAAGAGGCUGACAACAAAGGAUCAAGAGUUGUGCAAUGAGAGGAACAGGGUCAGAAAGGAGAAAACUCUGGUGGAAAGGAUGAAGGCCGACAUCCAAAAGGGCUCCAACUUCCUUCAGCAGCCGAAGAUGCUGUAUGAUUACUUCAUGAAACUCCACAAAUGCUACAUCCAGAAAGCAGACGUAAGUUUAAUACACAUAUAUACACGAACACACACACACACACACACAGUACACAGGCCAGUAUGCUUAUACCUGACUGAGUGUGAUGACUGCGCAAGGGGUACGCGCAGAAGCGGAUGAACGUUCAGAAGAAACAACACGCCAUGGAGAUGAAUAACCAGCAGGCAGUUUGCACCAAGAUCAUGAAGGUGAGAACCAUGAUGGCUGAAGAGCUUAGCCAAGAGAGAACAAAGAACUACGAGAUGCAGAUGAUCCUCGAUAAGAAGAAUUCCCCAACUGUUGAAUAACUUCAUGCACAAUGGGUUACAGUCAUCUCUGAAAUCCUGUACAGUGAGGUACAGCAUUCUGGACUUGGACAUGGCUAAAAUUUCUUCACCCAGUUUAAAACACUCAAAAAGCAUACAUAAUUUCA